AUGAGACUCACUUCUUCCCUCGCCAUCCGCAAGCUGCUCGCCUCGAUCCACCCUCCUCUUUCUCCCCAGUCACCCCGCGAAUCCAAACAGCUCCUCAACGUACUCGAAUCCGCCUUCCAGCGACGGCUUGACGAAACCCAUCCCUCGCCGAGAGCAGCAGCAACCACCAUCGACAACCAGCAUGGCUCUGAAUCAAUCCCAGAUCCGGCCCAAAGAGUCACUCAUUCCACCCAUUCGCACCUAGACACUAUCCUCGGCCAUCCGCUUUUCAAGCAACAGUCGCUUACUUUUCUCCAAACCCAUGGCCUAGCUGCUACGGCGGUCAAGACAUUCGAUGAUGCGCUAUUGAAGCAGGGUCUCGACUCAGACCUUGUCCAGUCCUGCGCUCUGCAAUAUCUCCAAGGCCGUGAGAAACGAGGCAAAUCUCCAAAGGAUGAAGGGCUGGGACCAAGGUUGGCUCGUUGGUUUAACGCCAUGACCGGCCCUGAGAAGAAGGAUUUACUGCUCAACGAGAAAUACAUGGAACCAUUGGUCUCGGUCAUGUACGCCGAUGGACUAGAACGCGAAGUCUGGCAAUGGCUGCAAGUUCUCUACGAACGAUCUUUUGCCAAUUUCAUCUUCAUCCCCACCGACGACUACGCACCUGAUGCCGUUGCAUACCUGCGUGCGGAGGAUCGCCUUGUGUCUCUGAUGAUUAAGGAGACCGCUCGCCGUGGACGGCUGCAGGAAGCUGUACAGCUAUACACGCAGGCAUACGAGUAUCGUCUGAACUCCGGAAGAUCCGUUCUCUCAGAGGGAAAGUCUUCCCCCGAACCUUUACAACGGUCCUGGCGUCAAGUGGCUGGGGCAAUACUCUUACAGAACAAACGCAGCAAAAGAGGUCUACCAGCAAGCCUCUACGAUUUGGUACUAAGGUACAGCUUGACGAUCGAUUAUUCUCCUUUCGACCCGGCUAUUCUUCACAUCUACCAUCCGACAUCUCCAACGGCUCAUCCGCUAUCACAAAAACUCAAAGAUCCGUCGUUCCUAGAACAAUUUGGAAGAUGGCAAAAGAAUCCCAACAGAUUCGUUCGGAGGAUCCUGCUUGUUUCGGUACUAGAUGCGGCCGAGCUCUCCUUGGCCCAUGCUCAACCUCGUGAAGCUAGAGAGUUCCUCGACUUUGCCGAAAGAACAUAUCCUGACUUUCUGCGCUCACACGAAGAAAAGACUGACACAGCGGAGAGAUUGCAACUGGCUCGUCAAGAGAUCUUAGUGAGAAAGGAGUUUCGGUCGUCGGGCUAUGCAACUGCCCCAGAACUGCAAGUACUAGUGUGA